AUGGAUGACAUCGUAGACGGUAUUAAGUCAUCAGUUAUUCGUUGGUGGGCCGCUGUCAGUUCUGAUAAACGACCGAAACCGAACCCAGCAAGAAUGGUUACUGUAGAUGAGCUGCCAAUGUACCCUGAUGAAACUCAUUAUUACGAGGAAGUGCGCGAAACUUCCUUACCGAUAGAGGAGGAAAUAUCAUUAUUAAGGCAAGCUGCAAUGCAUCGAUUCGGAAAUUGUGAAGUAAGUUUUAAUAUGUUGGUUGCCAAAUCUCAAAAUUUGCGAUUUUUAAAUAUAUGUUUUGGAGAAAAGGUCGAGAGAAGUUGUCACAGUAGCUCAAGUCGACGUUUGCAAGAAGAGUAUGGAAUGUUACCAAAAGCUGCUGCUAUCACUGUUGGUGGUCUUGCAGGUUUUCUCUUUGGCAUGAAAAAGUCGGUGUUUCGUAGAUUUUUGUAUUCCGGUGUUGGUUUGUUAACAAUGACUGCAUUUUGUUAUCCGUACGAAACGAUCGCCAUCACUCGCACCGCAGUGGAACAUAGUAAGAUGACUUGGGAUAGUUUUGUUCGAAGUAAGUUUUUCUUAGUCUUUUUCGCAGUUAGCAAUAGUAAAUUGUAA